AUGAAAUCAUUCUUCCUCAUGUCGCUGCUGGUCACAGCCUUCAUGAGCCUCAUGUUGGCCACCACCGCUCCACCCAGCCUUCCACUCAACAACCGGCGGGAACUUGCUGAGCAUCCCCCAGUCAAGGGUAACCCCCCAAACACCGGCUAUGCACUAGACUGGUGCAAAUACACAGCCGGAAUGCUAUUCCAGUGGGAUCUCCCGACGUUUAUCAAGCACCGCGAGGCAAACUUCAGCCUCGGACGGCUGACAUGGGACUGGUCGUCGGAUGGGUGUACCCACGUCUUGGACUAUCCAGCCGGCUUCCCAUUAAAGCUGGCGUGCCAGCGUCACGACUUUGGAUACCGGAACUACCAGGUCCAAUUCCAUUUUACCCCGCGUGCUAGAUGGAAGAUCGACGAGAAUUUUCUCAAGGACAUGAAAUUCCAGUGCAUAGGGCACAACAUCUUCAACGCCUGCCACUUCAUGGCACAUCUUUAUCAUUGGGGAGUCCGACACUUCUAUAAAGGCCAUGAGCAAUACCGUGAGAGUGAGCCGUCUCACAAGAUGAUGGACACGAUGGACGCUUCUGAAUCGAUGGACGUGUUUGAUGGGAUGGACGCCGAUGAAGCGAGGGACGCUCUCAAUCCAUAUCUUUCUGAAGAGAAGACCAAAGAGUACUACGAUCGUGCCCUAGCGCGUUACAACAAGUGCGUUGAGGAAGCCAUGGCACAAGGCAUUGACCUUCAGAAAUACUGGGCCGCUUUGUAG